AUGGCGCACGACGCAGGGCAGCAAGAGCCCGACUCGCUCGCGUUCCCCGCCCUCCCGUCCCUCGUCGCAGCCUCGUCGGCCGCAGAGGACGCGAGCAGCCCGCCGCCCUCAUCGUCUUUCCACCAAGGAGGAGGCCCCGCACCGCUCCCCUCGCUGCGGUACCGCAUGCUCGGCCAGCUCGGUGGACAGAGUCAGCAGGCGUUUGCCUCGAUGAGCGCCCUCGCUGCCGCCGCCGGGUCCGACCCUUCGCCCUCGUCGUCCGCCUCUCCCCACCAGCCGCCCUGGCUCGCCCACUCGACCCCGGCGUCCGCCAGCUCGACUCUGCCCAGCAUGGCCACGCGUGACAGCUCGGAGGAGGCGGCCGGCGCGAGCGCGUCCUCCAAGCGCAAGAACUCGGGCCUCGUGUCGGUCCACGACGACGGCGCCGAGUCGCACAAGGCCAAAAAGCCCAAGAUCCCGCGAGCGUGCGACGUCUGCCGGCGCAAGAAGAUCCGGUGCAACCCGUUGCCAGAUCACGAGGAGAAGCUGUGCACCUACUGCCAGAAGCACCGGCUCGACUGCACCUGGUUCCUGCCCAUAUCCGAGACGCGGUUCAAGAAGCAGCGCGAGAAGGAGGAGGCGGUCAAGGCGAGCGCGUCGGCGGCCGCAGCGGCGGUCGCGCUCCCGACGGCGGCCACGUCGGCGACGCUCGCUCGGCAGCAGGCGCGCGUCGACGACACGCCGCCCGUCCCGUCACCGACGUUGUCGGCGAGCGCCAACGCUGUCGCAGGCCCGAGCGGCAUCCCGUCUGGCAGCGCCGGUGGCGGCGGCGGCGGGCACAACGUGCCCAAGCAGCAGAUCUUCCCGAUCGACGCGUACAACCGCUCGGCGUCGUCGCCCGACUCGCAGCAGCCGAGUGGACCGCGCAAGGAGCCGCGCAUCGUCGGCUACACGUCCAUCUCGCACCUCAUGCACUCGACGUCGACGUUCCCGACCGAGCGCAUGAUCCCGGUCGACUUCAAGUACUCGCAGAAGCUCAGCGUCAACGAGAUUGGCGACGGCUUCAUCCGGGUCAUCUCGGCGGGCGACGGCGACCCGACCCAGGGCGGCGAGCCGGUCGCCAUCCAGGGCAUCGAGCACUCGGACGCCGAGAAGCUCAUCAACUACUUUUUCACGACGCACUCGAACCACUUUCCGAUCCUCGCCAAAGCCGACUUCCUCGGCUCGGAACGCCCGAUCCCGCUCCUGUUCAACACGAUCUGCGCCGUCUCUGCCCUGUCGCACCACGUCGCGCCGUCCAUCCUGCGCACGAUCAAGUCGACGAUCCGCUCGCACCUGCGCGACGAGGACAUGCUCGACAACUCGACCAUUCCCAACAUCCAGGCGCUCCUCAUCUACUCGUUCUCGAUGGAGCUCGAGAAGGGCACGGCCGCGAGCAAGACGUGGAACGUCCUUGGCCUUGCGAUCCGUAUGGCGCAGGACUUGGGCCUCCACCGCAAGCUCGGCAGCGAGCGCAAGGAGCAGAGCGAGGCCGACCACACCGAGCUGAGGAGGAGGGUUUGGGGAGGGUGCUUGAUCGCCGACCGGUGGAUCGCCGCCAUUUACGGCCAGCCCAUGAUGAUCGACCUCGCCGACUGCGACACGAUGCUCCCCUCGGUGUUCGACAUCCGGCCCAACCUCGAGUUCGACUCGGAGCGGCGACCGUACCUGUUCAACAGCGCCCUCAUCUCGCUCUCGAUCCUCCUUGGCCGGAUUCUCAAGGCCGUGUACUCGCCAACCGGCAUCAUGCUCUUGACCGAGAAGGAGGCCAAGUCGCUCGUCGACGAUCUCGCGGCAUGGGUUCGCGGUCUGCCAGAAGAGCUGCGGUUCCAGGGUCCCGACAAGUCGACGCCCGAGCAGGGCUUCCUCCACCUCCUUUACGUCCCCGUCCGCUUCCUCGUCACUCGGCCGUUCAUGCGCAUCUCGUUCCAGCUGCCCGAGCGCUUCGCGUCCCUGUCGGUCGGCACGCAGCAGUGGUCCGUCGUCGAGACCGAGGCGCGCCUCGCCAUCGAGUGGGUCGACAAGAACGAGUCGUGCCUCGAGGGCUGGUUCGUAGGGACCUACGCCUUCUUCAUCUGCUCCCUCAUCCAGUACCACUCGCACAUUCGCCGCCGCGACUCGGUGUCGCUCGGCACGCUUCGACUUGCCCGCGACUGCCUUAAGCGCCUGGUCGUUCCCGACGGCGAGUGCUACUUGCGCGCCAAGAUCGCCGAGAUCAUCCACCUCCUGUACCACACGGCGUGCUCGGUCGCUCGGUGGGCGCCAGAAGCGGCAGAGGGCAUGUCGCCGGCGUCGAGUGGGACGACGGCCGUCACGACGCUCAACCCGACCGUCGGCGUGCGGCAACGAGAGCAAGACUGGCACCUGCGCUAUAAGAAGGACGGCGGGUACUUCGUCACCGACCGCCGCGUCAACGACCCGUCGGGCCUCAUCCGCUCGUCCGCCUCGCCCGGGUCGCCCACGGGCCCAAGCCCUCGCACCGCCGGCUCGCCGUACGCCUCGAGCUUGCGCUCGACCCACAUCGCCGGCGAGAACGACAAGGCCGACGAGGCGGCGGCGGUUCCGACCGCGAGCACCAGCACCCCGGCUGCGGCAGCAGGCACCCUCGCGACGCUGCAGCCGGCCUUCUCCGGCAACGGCGACGCGACCGACGCGACCGACGCACUGCCCUCUGCCUCGACCUCGGCCGCGCCCGCGCCCAAUCCUCCUCCCGACCUCUCGUUCGCCUUCCCCGACUCGAACUUCGACAACCUCAGCUUCAACCCGACGCUCAACUUUGGCAUCGGGCUCGACGGCGCAUCGACGCCGGCCUCGGGCGCGAGCUCGACGCUCGGCUUCGGCGGCUCGAGUCGCGCCGGCGCCGUCGGCGGCGGAACGAGCGCGAGCGACGCGCUCGGCGGCCUCGGCGGGUCGAGCUUCCUCGGCGGGACGGGCGACGCAGCGUCGUUCGACCCGUUCGGGUUCGCGACGGACGGCACGCCGUCCAUGCUGCCCGAGUCGCUGUUCGACUGGGCGCAGUGGCAGAACUUUGCCGACUCGCUCGGCCUGCCGCAGGACGGCAAGACGCCGAGCGUCGCGACCGACACGUCGGCGCGUCCCUGAGCUCUCGCAGACGGUCGACGAUGUCGCAGAGGGUCGACGGUGUCGAGGGAGGGAGAGGGAGGUCGAGGGAGAGAAGGGCACCCGCAGUUUCAGUUUUCCUCGUCGUCGUCGCGUCGCUCUGUCUGUCCGUCGCCGAUGUCCUUGUUGUUCUCCGUUA